AUGUGGCAGUCCAGGAAGCGGCUGCGAGUUGCCAGUGUCGGCUUAGUUGCCGUUCUCGUUCCCCUCCUUUUGAGGUUUCGAGAUGUCAAUGCCGCAGCAAUGCCUUGGAGGCAAACUCAUAAUCUACCGCUCGGAUUGAGCACGAGACCUGCACCACCAGCAGCUUGCAGGAACAGUUUGUGCACUCGGCCAGGAGGAAACCAAAUCAGGACCUCCUUGUUUGCUGCCCCACCUGGUGUUGCAAAUGCAGGUCUGCACGUUCCACGGGUAGCUCUGCUCGUGCUUUUCAUCGCAGUGGACACUGGACAGGCUUUAGUCAUGGACUGGGCUGAAAAGAGAUCCUGGAUGGAACGUGCUGGGCGGCAGUACUCUCGCCAAACAGCCUUGGUAGUAGAAUCGGGACUUUCAGUUGUGACAGGCCUUGUGGUCUCUUCGUUUCUGGGUGCAGACAAACUCAGUGCUCUUUGGCCUCUUUGCAUCAAAUUCUUUCCUGUUGCCCUUUGCUUUGCUGUUGGCCUCUCGCUGAAGAUGAUGGCUGUGGACCACUUCCAGGCCGGCACGAUCAAGAUUGUUGGCCAAUUGCGGUUGGGCCUCGUGGCCCUGGCGUCCACCAUCAUCCUUUCGAGAAGGUAUUCUCCGCAGCAGUGGAUGGCCAUUUCUGCGGUCACGGUCUUUUGCAUGUUGUUUGUGCAGGUAAAGGGCCGGGGCAGGAAGCGCCAAGGGAAAGAUGCCAAGUGGACAGGGUUGUCCCAGCUGUUGGGCUGGGUAUGCAUGAAUGUGGUCGGUGGCACGCUGGCAGAGAAAACGUAUAAGAGUAGCGACGUGCCGUACUACAUCCAAAAAAGUGCGCAGGACAUGGGGCACUUGGCCACAUCGCUCCUGAUGCUCUUUUUAGUGGUUCCUCAUUUCAACCCGAGCGAGGACAUCAGAAAUCCAUCCGUCCGUCCGGAUGGUUUCUUUGAUUCUUGGGAUGUGCGGACAUGGUUUGUUGUUGGCUUUCUGUUCUUGGAUGCAUGGAUCUCGAACUUGCUGCUGAAGGAGUUCUCUGGCGUCACUAGAGGAGUGGCCAAAGCAGCUGGAGUGGCUAUAGUGUGCGACACCUAUGCAUGA